GUGACCGCAGCUGCGCCGAAUUACGGGGGUGUUUCUGUCCAAUAUAGGGACAGAGCGAGCGAGGGAGCGGGAGGACAGGACCUGGCAGCAGAGCGGCAGCGUCCUGGGAGCUGGAGCUUGAAUAAAGGAUUGUUCUUCCUGGCAAACCCCGUUGUGCGUGUCCCUUUUGUGCCCGGAACCUCACGGACGUGUACAAGUGGAGCCCAACUACGGAGGGCAGCAUGGACACGCAAGCUCAGCAGGCGGGGGCACCGGGCCAGCCGCUCAUAGCCUUAGGGCAGAUGCUCGAAAGGAUUACAGUGAUGCAGCGCGAGGAGGCGGUAACAACCCGACAAUUCCUGGGGGCGCUGCACGACCAAGCCCAAAUGCACGCGGCGGCCCUGGAGCGGGUGCGGACCGACCAAUCAGCGGCAGCUCCAGCACCAACGGGACCGUCAAGGCUGGCAGGGGUAAUCAUGCAGAAAAUGACGGCGGAGGACGACGUACAGGCGUACCUCGAGACCUUCGAGGCUACGGCGGAGGCGUGCGGAUGGCCGGCGGACGAGUGGGCGGUCCGUCUCUUGCCGCUGCUGGUCGGAGAGGCGCAGACAGCAGCACUGGGGCUACCCCCGGCAGCCAGGCGGGUCUUUGCGGACAUCCGCAAAGCGGUGGUGGACAGGCUCGGCCUGUCCCCAGAAGACCACCGACGGAGGUUCCGGGAGGCCAAGCUGGGGCCUGAGGACCGACCGUUCGCUUUCGGCCAGCAGCUGAGGGAUGCCGCAACCAGGUGGCUGCAACCCGGGGACUCCACACCGGCGCAGGCAGUAGUGGAGCUGAUUGUCCUGGAGCAGUUUGUCGGCGGGCUCCCGGCCCGCACAUCGGCUUGGGUCCGCUGCCAUCGGCCGGGGGGGAUGGAGGCCGCCAUCACCCUGGCGGAGGACCACCUGGCGGUCCAUGGCCCAGGGAAGGGGGAUGGCGAUCGACCGCCGUCUACGGGCCGGCCGAUGCCCGGCCAACGAAGGAGGCUGCCUCCGCAGCAACCGUCACGGCCGGUGCCGUGGCCGACAACCCGCCCUCGGAUCCCCGAGCCGGGGUCCUCGACCGGUCCCGGUACUCUUCCUGACCCACAGGGGGUAUUUCAAGCGCCAGGGCAGGAGUGCUGGAGAUGCGGGCAGCCCGGGCACUUCCGGAGGGAGUGUCCGUUGAUGGAGGUGGGCCAGGUGAUCCGGGUUGCCGGCUCGCCAGCCUCUUCCCCAGGUCCGGGACCGACGUACCGCGUUCCGACGGAUGCGUCGAACAGAGGGCUGGGGGCCGUUUUGUCCCAGCAGGUAGGGGGGUUUGACCGCCCCGUGCUGUACAUCAGCCGCAAGCUGUCGGAGAGGGAGGGCAGGUACAGCACGGUGGAGAAGGAGUGCCUCGCCAUCCGGUGGGCGGUCGACUCCCUGCGCUACUACCUCCUGGGACGCUCAUUCACCCUCUGGUCGGACCACGCCCCGCUUCAAUGGCUCCACCGCAUGAAAGAUACCAACGCCCGAAUCACUCGGUGGUAUCUGGCGUUACAGCCUUUUAAUUUCAAGGUGAUCCAUAGGCCGGGGACACAGAUGGUCGUGGCCGACUUCCUCUCCCGCUCUCAUGGGGGGGAGGGGGAGUAGGUUCGGCCGGAUGUUGCCCCGGCCUAAGUCGGGCGG